GUUCCUUCAGCGGCGGGAGCUGAGCUGGGAGGCGCUCCGCGGUCCGCCUGCUGAGCUGGAGAGAUGGAGGUGGGCGGCGUGGCUUCCGGCACGGAGCAGAAGCAGCAAUUGCCCCCUCAGGGGGUGGCGGAGGAGGACCAGCAGGAAGAGCUGGAGAAGCGCCGGCAGCUCCUUUGUGGAGAGUUUGCCUCCAUCACCAGCAGUGACGCGGCUGUGGCCCAGUGCUACCUGGCCGAGAAUGACUGGGAUAUGCAGAGGGCGCUGAACUCUUUUUUUGAACCACCCCUUGAGGAGUUGCCUGUAGACACGAUCCCCCAGGCUCUUCCGGUAACUGAAACGUUUGUUGACCUAACUGAUGGUCUGACUGUUGGCAGUGCAGCUGUGGCUGUGAAAAAGGCAGGGCCUGGCUUACAAGAGAAUGAUAGCACAUUUUCUUUAAUUACUUGGAACAUAGAUGGCCUGGAUUUGAGUAACCUGCAAGAAAGGGCUCGAGGAGUCUGCUCCUAUAUAGCUCUGUACAGCCCAGAUGUGGUAUUUUUACAGGAAGUUAUUCCUCAGUAUUUCAACUAUCUACAGAAGAGAGCUGUUAGUUAUACGAUUAUUCCAGGUAACACUGAAGGUUAUUUCACUGCCAUAAUGUUAAAAAAGUCAAGAGUAACCAUUUUAAAGCAUGAAAUAACACCAUUUCCAACUACCUCCAUGAUGAGAAAUUUAUUAGCAGUAUAUGGAACCAUAUCUGGCAUUGAUCUCUGCUUUAUGACCUCUCAUCUGGAGAGUACGAAGACUCAUGCCAAAGAGCGUUUAAACCAGUUGAAGCUGGUGCUGAAGAAAAUAAGCAAUACUCCGGCAUCCACUACUGUGAUCUUUGGAGGAGAUACAAAUCUGAGAGACAAAGAGGUUGCUGAAUUAGGUGGCCUGCCUAGCAACGUUCUGGACAUCUGGGAGUUUUUGGGCAAGCCAGAACAUUGUCACUACACAUGGGAUACAAGCCAGAACACGAAUUUGAAUGCACAGUACAACUGCAAGUUACGGUUUGAUCGCCUGCUUCUUCGAGCUGCUUCUACUGACAGUCAAAUUGUCCCCCAGAGUUUAGAUUUAAUUGGGCUGGAGAAACUAGACUGCGGCAAAUUUCCUAGUGACCACUGGGGUCUCUUUUGCAAUUUUGAUGUGAUACUAUAAGAAGCCCUUUUAAGGACAAUUUUAAGUUGCUUUUUUAAGGACACUUAUCUUCCUGUUUUCAGUUAUAGUUGUUAAAUUUUACACUGGUUUUAGGAUUUUUUUUAUUUGCACACUUAUGAACAUUCUCCUUCAACUGUUGGAAAAUCUGCUCUUUCUUUCUUCCAACUUUUUUCUCUUCUACUUUCUCCCCCUUCAAAUGCACUUAAGUGGGUUUUUAAAAUUAAUGCCUAUGACCACAGAAAUGUAAAAGCCAUUUAGAAUAUUGUAUAUUCUGUUACCCUCAAAUCAGAAUAAUUCACUGAGUCUGUCUUAAAUAAUUGUAUAAAAUACUUAAUAAAUGCUGAUUGUAAGAUUCUUUAGCUGA